GGGGGCGGGUCCGCGGCUGGCCGGCCGGGCGGGCGCCGACAAUGAGCCUCCAUAAAAGGGAGCGGCGGGGGGCAGGGGCCCCGGAUUGAGCCCUCCCCGCCCGGGCUCCCGACGCGCCGAGGUCUCGGGGAGGCCCGGACGCGCCGGUCGCAGCGCCGGCCGGCGAGCGGCAGGCGGGCAGGUGGCGGGGAGGGGGCUGCGCGGAGCGGGCAGCGGGCCCGGCGUUGUUCCGGCCAGGAGGCGGGAGGCGGUUGCCGGCUGCGCGGCGAAGCCUGCGCGCCAGUUCUCCGGCCACCGCUAUCGCCCACGGCCGCACCAUGGCCCUAAAGGCCGAGGGCGCCGCACUCGACUGCUUCGAGGUGACGCUCAAAUGCGAGGAAGGGGAGGACGAGGAGGAGGCCAUGGUGGUGGCCGUAAUUCCGCGGCCCGAGCCGAUGCUCAGAGUGACCCAACAGGAGAAGACCCCACCACCUAGACCCAGCCCGCUGGAGGCAGGCAGUGAUGGCUGUGAGGAGCCCAAGCAGCAAGUGUCUUGGGAGCAGGAGUUCCUGGUGGGCAGCAGCCCAGGAGGCAGCGGGCGGGCGCUGUGCAUGGUGUGUGGCGCUGAGAUCCGGGCACCCUCGGCCGACACGGCUCGCACACACAUCUUGGAGCAGCACCCUCACACCUUGGACCUGAGCCCUUCUGAGAAGAGCAACAUCCUGGAGGCCUGGAGUGAAGGGGUAGCCCUCUUGCAAGACGUGAGAGCUGAGCAGCCGUCCCCACCCAACUCAGACUCAGGCCAGGAUGCCCAUCCAGACCCAGACUCCAACCCAGACCCUGCCAGAAUGCCAGCCGAAAUCGUCGUUCUCCUUGACUCUGAGGAUAACCCGUCCCUCCCUAAAAGGAGCCGGCCCAGGGGACUCCGUCCCCUCGAGCUUCCUGCUGUCCCUGCCACAGAGCCAGGAAAUAAGAAGCCCCGUGGUCAGAGAUGGAAGGAGCCCCUGGGGGAAGAGCCAGUCAGAAAGAAAAGAGGCAGACCUAUGACCAAAAACCUGGACCCUGACCCAGAGCCCCCAUCGCCAGACUCACCCACAGAGACUUUCGCAGCACCAGCCGAGGUCCGACACUUCACUGAUGGCAGCUUCCCCGCCGGCUUCGUCCUGCAGCUCUUCUCCCACACCCAGCUCAGGGGCCCAGACAGCAAGGACUCACCCAAAGACAGGGAAGAGGCAGAAGGAGGCCUUCCCCAGGCAGAGAGCCCCUCUCCAGCUCCCCCUCCGGGGCUCCGCGGGACACUGGAUCUCCAGGUUAUCCGCGUGCGGAUGGAGGAGCCCCCAGCGGUCAGCCUCCUGCAAGACUGGUCCAGGCACCCCCAGGGCACCAAGCGUGUGGGAGCAGGUGACACCUCAGACUGGCCCACGGUUCUGUCAGAAUCCAGCACCACUGUGGCAGGGAAGCCAGAGAAAGGGAAUGGGGUGUAAAUUCUUGCUUUCCUGGGGAGGGAGGGAGCGGGGGAGGGAGGAGGCAGCGUCCCCCUGUGGCUUAUAACUCAGAGCUGCCUGGCUCACCUAUCUGGUGGAGAGAGUAGAAACAAGUGCCAGGGCAGGAGGGGGCUGGGGCAACAUCCACGGUUAUUUCGGCGCACUGAAAAGUGUCUGUUCCUAGCCAGGCCUGAGGUCGGCAAGGGUGGUUGAGGCUGUUGUGCAGUAGGGCACUGGGCCUGUGGAGAACACCUACCCCAGUCCUUCGCUGACCCCCACCUCUCUGUCCCCCGUGACCUCCUCCCACCCUCCCCCCGCUCCCCACCAUUCUCCCUUGGCACAGUGCCUUACACAAGAGUGGUCAUAAGGGGGUUUGAACUGAGUCCCACUACCUCGGGGGACACCUCCCCUCCCCACUUGUUCAGGCUCCUAAACCAGGAGGCCUCCAUUACCUCUUCCUGUCCCACCCCUGCAGAGGCCUGAAGCUGGGCCUGGGCACCCCAUUCACUCCUGUUCUCAUUUACAUCUGUUUUCCUGUUGUAUAUAUCACCUUUGUUGACAAUAAAUUAUUUUUUUUUAUUAAGA